CGUCCGAUCCCCUCUGCGAGUUGCUGCGGUCCGUCGAUCUCCAUCCUCCGGUGAGCGAGCGUACUUUCUGUUCCUGUCGUCCCUGUCUCUUUCUUUUCCGCCCUCACAUUUCUGCAUUUGCCAAGCUCCCAGCGACCAACAUGGAUCCGAUGUCGAUGGUCAGCGGCACCCUCGCCGAACUCGAUGGGCAGAUCACCGAUAUGUUCCGGGCAUUGGCGAAUGGCUUUCAGAAGCUGGAAAAGAUUAAAGAUGCUAGUAGGCAGAGUAGACAAUUGGAAGAACUGACAGGAAAGAUGCGUGACUGUAAGAGGCUUAUUAAGGAGUUUGACCAAGGAAUUAAGGAAGAAGAGGGUAGUUAUGAUUUCCAAACAAAUAAGAUGCUCAGUGAGAAAAAACAGUCAAUGAUUAAAGAAUUGAAUUCCUAUGUCGCACUUCGCAAAAAAUAUUCAAGUUCCCUUGAGAACAAGAGAAUUGACCUGUUUGAUGGACCUGGCUCUGAAGGACCUCCUGAGGAUAAUGUUAUACUAGCUUCAUCAUUGACAAAUCAGCAGUUGAUUGACAAAGGAAACCAAAUGAUGGAUGAAACUGAUCAAGCUAUAGAGAGGUCAAAGCAGGUUGUUGAACAGACAAUUAAUGUUGGGGCAGAAACAGCAGCAGCUUUGAAGGCACAGACAGAACAAAUGAGUAGAAUUGUCAAUGAGUUAGACUCUAUUCACUUUUCAAUCAAGAAGGCUUCCCAACUUGUGAAGGAAAUUGGUAGGCAGGUUGCUACUGAUCGGUGUAUAAUGGCUAUGCUGUUCAUCAUUGUCUGUGGUGUGAUCGCCAUCAUCGUUGUAAAGAUUGUGAACCCAAACAACAAAGAGAUUCGAGAUAUCCCAGGCUUGGCACCUCCAGUGAUGUCGCGGAAACUGCUUUGGGAUAACUGAGUGGAGCAUGACAAUUUUGAUUCUCAUACUUGUUAUUGUUGUUGUCGGUCGUUCUUUCCUCAUUCUUUUCCCCCAUUGUUGCCAUUGCAUCUGCAACUGUGGCUGCAGCAGCUGCAACUAUUGUCUGUGCCGUGGUAGAAAAUGUUGGAUGUUGGGGGUUGUUUCACAUUAUUUUCUCUUGUCUGAGCCAGUGGCUGUAUAUGCCCGAUGUACCAAGAAUUAAAGUUCAUUGUAUAAUCGUUGUUAGGUUGGUCGAACAACUGACUUGUCGUGUACAAAUGUUUAUCCAGGUGUACUAUGUAUUCUACUUGUGCCUUAUGCUUUUAGGUCCUUGAAGAGAAAGUUUUUAGAUG